CAGAUAUUUUCGAUUAUCCAAAGAAGGCACGUACACACACAAACAUACGAGGCACUUAAUUUUUGUUUUUACGGUUUUGAUACUAAAAUCACAAGUUUUGCACAUGACAGACAGCUCGAUGGUUUUUCUCUUUGCACCAUCCUAGCAUAACCUAGGAUAUUACCUACGGCCACAUUUGAAGUGUAUUUGUAUACAGUUAUCAGUAAAACUUCUAUAAGGUGGUUGAAAGUAAGAACAAAGCAUUCGGAAGUCAUGUUCAAAGACAAGUUCAAGUAUUACAAGUCCAAAAACCCUACUCCCGAACUAGGUAGGGUGCUUAACUUUAAUUCAGUUGACGCAAACACUCGGAACAAGGUGCAAAAAGUGGCCCUGCCAGUGCAGGAUGUUCCUGUUUUCUUCGGAUUUAAACCUCUAGAGAGUUGGGAAGUCUACGAAAUUAUUGACCGCCCUGGACUAAUAUUUAUCAAAAACCCAUUUACCAUUCUGGGUCAGAGAUAUUGGACUGUAAGGUGCCUCAAAGACUUUUCGAACAAGCCAAACAAGUCCAAUCUAGAUUCAGCCAAGAAGGUACCUGAUAACAAAGACUGGUGGGAGAUGUGCCAAAAUAAUAAUGUUCUUUUACUGAACAAGCUCAGAUGGGUCACACUGGGAUAUCAUCACAACUGGGACACUAAAGUCUACUCGGAGAGCAACAGAGGCAAAUUUCCCAAAGAUCUUCAAGAGAUGACAUCUUUUCUUGCUACUACUUUGGGCUACAGCAGAUAUUCCGCAGAAGCUGCCAUCAUCAACUACUAUCACAUGGAUUCUACCCUAUCCGGUCAUACUGAUCACUCCGAAAGGAAUCUGGCGGCUCCACUGUUCUCGUUUAGUUUCGGGCAAACAGCUAUUUUCUUAAUUGGCGGCCCUACUUUGCAAGAUAUUGCAAUACCACUCUUUAUCCGCAGUGGAGAUAUUGUGGUGAUGAGCAAAGAAUCCAGGCUAUGCUACCACGGGAUCCCCAAAAUCCUUCAAGUCGAUAACAGAAUGUGGUGCUCUCUGGAGCAAGGAAGUGACAAACUCGUGCCCAAAGACUACAAAGAAACUGUCGAUAUAUGCAAAGAUGAAAACUUGUGGAAACCCUUUGGAAGUUACUUGACACAUUCCAGAAUAAAUAUGAACGUUCGGCAGGUGCUUUUUGAAGGAGAAAAACUUUUGGAGAUUGGAUCAAGCUGAAUUUCACACCACCACACGGCAAGUUUGGCUCCCUGGAAUGUGAUAGAAUGUGACAAUAAAUACAUCUUUAUGAUACCCAACAGGAACAAUGCAACGUUUAAUACCGGACUGUGUUCAUGGCUUUUUCUUUGCAUUGGGCUUAAUUAAGCACAUUUAUUAAUGCUACAUGUAGUUCUGUUUUUAAUAAAAAUGACCUGUUUGUUUUACGGUA